UAACAAGCGCGACAGUGACGACACGUCGAGGCUAACACGGGCUAACUUAGCUCGAGAACUCGCUUAAAAGUCAAACACUCUCGGCGUUUCCUCCACAGAGACACGGAGAAGUCGAGCGGAGAGUACAGACAGACAGACGGACAGACGGACAGACAGACUGAAGGACAGUGAGUGUGUCUCUGAAGAAGAAUAUUAGUCCCGGAAAUGGCUUUAGCUACAGCGCUGCGAAGACUGAGCGACGCCAGGCUACGACGUCUGUGUGGACGGACAGCGGCGGGGCUCACCGCCGGAGCCCGGCUCCCCGCACAGAGGAGCUUCACCGCCGGGACACACGCUCUGAGGUCGGACGACAAGGUGACCGUUCACUUUGUCAACAGAGACGGAGACAAGAUCACGGUGAAGGGCUCGCCCGGAGACUCGCUGCUGGACGUCGUCAUCAACGAAGACCUCGACUUUGACGGAUACGGAGCGUGUGAGGGAACACUGGCGUGCUCCACGUGUCACCUGAUCUUCGACGAGGACACUUACAAGAAGCUGGGAGCGGUCACAGACGAGGAGCUGGACAUGUUGGACCUGGCAUACGGACUCACGGACACGUCUCGUCUGGGUUGCCAGAUCUGUCUGAGCAAAUCUCUGGACGGAAUCAUGGCCAGAAUUCCAGAGAGCGUCGCCGACAUCCGACAGAGCACAGACGGCUCCGUUUAACACACACACACAAGCCCCGCCUCCCUGUGGUCAAGUAACAAUCUACCAGAACUGUUGUAAUCUGCUCCAUGGCAACAUGUUUGGUUGUUUUUUUUUAACCUGACGACGACGACGACUAACAAAACAAUGAUUGUUUUAGAAAAUAAAUGAUGUGGAAUAAGAGAUAUUUAUUAUUACAUCGAAACCUUUUCCUGUGUUUUUAUUUGUUUUCACGUGCAGUUGUAAAAACAUAAAGAUGUGAAGGAGAACUUUAACUGAAUUAUGUUACACACACACACAUAUAUAUAUAUAUAUAUAACUGUAGAUUUGAUAGAAUCUGUGAUGUAAGCUGGUGUGAUUGUACAAACUGUAGAACACACGUCUGUAAACAGUCCAAAAUAAUUCAAUAAAUAACAACAAUGAUUCUAAA